AUGCUGAGGAGUGUGGAGGCCUCAGUCACCGUCCUGCGGUUGCCGGCAGAGACUUCGAAUCAUCAGAGCAGGGGAAAUGACCCGCUCAUAAGGAGUUGUUUAAAAGGUUAUGAAGAAGGUCAGGGUGGGCUGACGGCUGGGCUGAGGCGGGGUCAGGGCAAGGUCAGGCAGGGCCAGGCUGGGGUCAGGCGGGAGUCAGCAACCCUGGCAAUGGGCACGGAGGCGUGGAUCGCCCAAGGCCGAGGCCAGCCUGUGGCCCUUCUCUGGCUGCUGCUGCUGCUGCCCGUGGCCACCCGGGAGCUGCGAGGGUCCCCGGCCACGGCCACGGCCACGGCCGCCCCCGGCUGGGCUCCAGGCGCGGGCGGAGCGGUGGAGGGCAGCGCUCCGACUCCGGAAGCGCAGCGGUUGGCCCCGGGAGCCACAGGUGGCAGGGGAGUCUGCACAGUGUGCGGGAAGCCCAAGGUGAUGGGGAAGAUCUACGGUGGCCAGGACGUGGCGGCUGGCCAGUGGCCAUGGCAGGCCAGCUUGCAGUACCAGGGCUCGCACGUCUGUGGAGCUGUCCUCAUUAACUCUCACUGGGUCGUUUCCACUGCCCACUGCUUUCUGAAAAAAUCUCACGCCCCGGAGAACUACCGGGUUCUGUUAGGAAGCACCCAGCUGCACCAGCACACCCAGCACACCCGAGAGAUGUCACUGAGCCGGAUUAUCAUGCACCCAGACUUUGAGAAGUUACAUCCCUUCGGGAGUGACAUAGCCAUGUUGCAGCUGCUCUUUCCUGUGAAUUUCACCUCCUACAUCAUCCCCGCCUGCCUCCCAGUCCCUGGCAUGCAGCUACCCAGUAACUCAUCCUGCUGGAUAACUGGCUGGGGGAUGCUCAACGAAGAAACGCCUCUGCUCGAACCCUUCCAUCUCCAGGAGGGUAAGGUGGGCUUCAUUGAGAACAAGUUUUGUAAUAUAUUUUACGGACUUAGAAAAGGCAAGAACUUCUCCGUGCAUGAGGACAUGCUGUGUGCUGGGGCCUUCUCGACAGGAAAGGCCAUCUGCCAAGGCGAUUCCGGGGGGCCCCUCGUCUGUGACUUCGCCAGUGCCUGGGUUCUGAUGGGGCUGUCCAGCUGGGGCUUUGACUGCCGUCAUCCCAUUUACCCCAGCAUCUUCACCAACGUCACCUACUUCACCGACUGGAUCGUCGAGAUCCAGAGACUCACACCUCUCCCUGAGCCCACGUCCGCUCGUCCUCAGACCCUGUUUCCAUACCAGACUCUGCAGGCUGCGGGCUCGCCUGGGCCUGGCACAGCCUUUGUGCCUCCACAGAGCUGGCCCCUGCUGUUGUUCAUGCUUGGGGCCGUAUGGAAAGCCCUGCAGUGA